AUGGCAGAGAUUCAGAGUAAAGUUGCGCUGGUUACCAAAUUUGUGUUAAAAUUCUUGGAAGAUCAGAACAUUAUAAAUCAAUCCUCAGGAUUAAGGUGGAAGAAUAAUUCAGCUAAAAGCGCUACAGUUGUCAUUGUUGUCGAACCAGAAACUGCCAGUAAAGUUUUCAAAAAGCAUCUAAGUGAUCUAGAGGUUGUUGCAUUGGAAAUGGGUAAUUCGGAAAAGUGUAUGGUGAACAUUUGCAGUGAUGAUGAUAGUUUGGUUCAAGGUAUUUUCCAGUAUUCUACGUUAUUUGGGGAGCAACCAUCUUUGAGCUUUCCAAUAUCGGAAUCAGAGAUUAACUCACUUUAUACUGACGAGGUUUUCAAAAUAAUUCAGACCAAGUUUAAACUUUUUGCAGGUCUGAGUGGAUCUGCACUACGGGAAAGACCAUCUCGAUCGCCAAGAAUUGAUGAAUUGCAAUCAAAAGAUAAAGAUGAUAUUUUCAAGGAAAGGGUUGAAAGGAUGGUAGCUAACCAACCACCAAGGAAUCCUCAGAUUCCUGGUUUUGAUGACGAGUAUGAGAUACAAACAGGACCAGGCAUUCCAAGUUCUGGGGAGUUUGGCGUUCCAGGUUUAGGGCUACCAGUAAGUGGAUAUGGUGAUAACGAUUUGUACCCUAAUGGGCUGCGGUUCCCACAGGAUUUUGAUCCACUGAAUAGAAAUAGUACUAAUCAGCAAGGCGGUAUGAUUUAUGAUCCAUUCAGAGGUACUGGCCCAUCACCAAAUCCGCAGAGUGGCAACCAUGAUCCAGGUCAAAAUUCCUCCCCAGCUGGCCCACAAUUCCCCGGAACUAAAUAUGACGAUCCAUACGGUAGAAUAAAUCGCCAAGGUGGCGGUGGAGGUUUCAUUUAG